AUGCAGUUCUCCUAUGAAGAGCAGUACCGUUCAUUCCUGGAGGAUCUUUGGUGUGAGUCGGACCCAGACGGGGUGUUCGGUGAGUUGGUUGAUCUUAUUCCGCCGGACGGGGAGGAGGUUGCCUCUCCUGAGGUGGCUAUUGAAGCGAUCCAACCGCCAAAGGGGGAGGAGGGUGCAUCUCCUAAUGUGGUUAUGAUCAAAUCGCCGAUGGGGGAGGAGGGUGCCUCUCUUAAGGCUGAUCAGAAGGUUGCCAAUUGGUCUGUCGAAAUACUAGCCCAUAUCAUAACGGAAUUGAAGCGCUCUCAGCACGGGGAUGACCUGGCUGGUCAGCUGCUUCCGCUUGCUGAGCAGUUGCAACAUGGUACGCUCAAUAAACGUGCAGGCGUGGCGCGUCUGUGCGAGGUCGCGUUUCAACAGCGGGAUGGGUGUCUUAAGGCCUCAUAUGUCUUGCAGUGUGUUUUGAGAAGGAUUCAGUCCGACUGCCUGAAUGCGGCGGUAGCGUUCUUGGACGAUGCCAAAGCGUUGGACACCGUGUCAUGCGACACAGUUAUACGAGCCGCAGCUGCACAUGGAGCCCCACCAGAGCUUCAGCUUUAUUUGCGUGCGUUAUACACCUCUUCAAUGUUGCUGCUUGGCAAUGAAGUUUUGGAAUAUCGCAGAGGUGUGGGGCAAAGGGAUCCUCUGUCUCCUCUCUUUUUUAUCAUGAUUAUGGAUGAGGAGGUUGCUGCUACCCUGCCAAAUCGGGGGGUGCGGCUGUGUGGCGAUGAGAUUGGUGCUUUGGCAUACGCGGAUGACCUUGUGUUGUUCGUUCCUUCCCAAGAGGCGUUGUCUGUGAAGCUGGUGGCUUUGCAGCAGUCACUUUCGGCGGCAGGUAUGUCGUUGAACGCCUCGAAGUGUCGGGCUCAUUAA